AUGUCUCUCCUACGCCAGCCCACGCUGCGUCUGGCAUCCUCUAAGCUGCUAGUCCAGAGGUCCAGCCAGCAGCGUCUCUCGUCUACCGCUGCCAAUCUCGCCCGCCCAGGGAACAAGAUCCGCAAUGGGCUGAUUGGAACCGCACUGGUGGGUACGGUAGCCUUUGGGUACUACUACCUCACCGACACCCGCUCGGCCAUCCACCAAUACCCUGUGGUGCCGUUCCUGCGCUGGUUCUACAGCGGCGACGACAUCCCGAAAGAAGCCGGCGGGAAGGGCGAUGGCGCAGAGAAGGCACACGAGGUCGGCAUCAAAGCUCUGAAGGGCCUCUACGACAUUGGCCUCCCCCUCCGCGAGCGCGGGGACCACGAAUAUCUUGAUGCGGAAGGAAUGGGCGUCGAGCUCUUCGGCCACCACCUCAAGACUCCGCUCGCAAUCUCGGCCGGCCUCGACAAACAUGCCACCUGCAUCGACCCCCUCUUCGCCAUCUCCCCCGCCAUCUCCAUCCUCGAGAUCGGCUGCAUCACGCCCCAGCCCCAGGUCGGAAACCCCAAGCCACGCAUGUUCCGCCUCCCCACAAGUAACUCCCUCAUCAACCGCUACGGCUUCAACUCCGUCGGCGCCGACGUCGCCGCAAUCCGCCUCCGCGACCGCGUCCGCCGCUACGCCCAAGCCCACGGCAUCUCCGAAGACGACGUCUACAACUCCACCACCCUCCCCGCCUCUCUGUACCCCAACCGCCUCCUCGCCGUGCAGAUCGGCAAGAACAAGACCACCCCCGAGACCGACAUCGAGGCCGUGAAACGUGACUACACUGAGUGUGUCGGCAAGCUCGGCCGCUACGCCGACAUCAUCGUCGUCAACGUCUCCUCCCCCAACACCCCCGGCCUGCGCUCCCUGCAGAAGCGCGAGCUCCUGCAGGACCUCCUCGGCGCCGUCGUCAAGGCGACGAACGAUACGCCGCGCAAAGUGAAACCCAAGGUUGUCGUGAAGGUGUCGCCAGACUCCUCGUCGCCGAGCGAUAUCAAGGACAUCUCUGCCGCCAUCCUGGGCUCCGGCGUUGCGGGAGUGAUCGUGGCAAACACGACGGUCUCGCGGCCGGCGGAGAUAUUGGCGUCGCCGCAGACGACGGAGGAGGAGAAGAGGAUUGCGGCGAAGGAGAUUGGAGGGUUGUCCGGGCCCGCGCUGCUGCCGAAGACGUUGGAGCUGGUGGAGAGGUUUAAGAAGGAGCUGGGCGAUAGGGCGGUGGUGUUUGCGAGUGGGGGGAUCACGAGCGGGAGGGAUGCGGUAGAGGCGAGGAAGAGGGGGGCGGAUGUGGUGAUGGGGUACACGGGGAUGGUGUAUGGUGGGGUGGGCUUCUGGGGUAGAGUGGCGGAGGAGAUGGCGAGCAUCUUAGAGGGGAAGAAAUAG